AGGAAACAGAAAGUUAGUCGGAAAGUUCUGCAGGAACACGACAAGACGCUGCUGCAGUGAUGACGGCCCACCUGCCAACUCUUGCAACUUGUCUGCUGUUGUUUUAUGUGACUUCCAAGACAGGCCUCACCAAUACUGCUGAAAUCCCAACCGGAGCCUACUAUGGCAGGACCACCGCUCAUCCAAUGGUGGCUUCUCACACAGCCACCAGUGUCAAAACCAUCCCCCGUCACCCGUCCUGGAUUGACACCAUUGCUGGAUCUGCGAUCGAGACCAAUGCCACUACCCACAGUGACCACGGUGUCACGUUAAAAACUGACACCCCUUCCUCAUCUGACACUACUCCUGUUUACCAAAGGGACAAUAACACUGGAUCCGAGAUCAUCUCCACUGUCGCUUCUGACACAAAGUCUUCUUCCCAAAUGGAUAUCACCACAGGCUCUGAAAUCCAGACCACUGGCAACGCGGUAACAUUCACAAUUGAAAUCGAUAACCCUUCCUUGUUUGACACCACCACUGGAUAUGAAUUCGACAAAACCGACACAACCCCAGCUUUGCAAACUGAAACCACCACUGGACCCACAAUCGACAAAACAGACACAACCCAGGCUUUGCAAACUGAAACCACCACUGGACCCACAAUCGACAAAACGGAAACAACCCCAGCUUUGCAAACUGAAACUACCACUGGAUCUGAAAAGGAGAUCACGGCCACUUCCCAAACCGACCACACUGUCACAUUCACAAUCGACAUCUCUUCCCAAACUGACACCACUGUCACAAUCACUGUUUCCACACCCCCCAUUACUGCUUUAUCAACAAUUGGCACCAGCAGCCCUCUAGCUAGUAGUAGCACUACCAGCGGAGGUGCACUACAGGAGGGUCUGGAGUACAAGGGUCUGAGCUCAGGAAGUAUUGCAGCCAUUCUAUGUGUGUUUGCAAUAUUGGCCAUUCUGGUGUUUGGCGGUCUAUGCUACAAGUUCAGACAACCAUCCUACGGGUCUCUGGAGAGCAGCAAUAGCUACAGCAGCUUUGGGAACUUCAGUAAUCCCAUGUAUGAUCCUUAAAACUGCCAGCCCACAAGUGACUUCCACUUCCUGCACCUCGAAGUCCUGCAGAAGGAGUCUUUUAAGUCUGCUUGUAAGUGUGGGUUGCAAAUCUCCUCCCCUCAUUAUAUCUACCUUUACCUGUACUCCAGAGUCUGAUUGCACUGAACAGCAAAUUCUAGUUAAAAAUCCAAUAAUAAGCACUAUGAACACAUGACUGAAGAAGUGAAUGAUGAUUCGUGUUACUUUCACAAAGCAAAUAAGAAAUCGAGAUGGAGGCCUUAAUGACAAGCUACUAGAGUACAUGUACUACAUUGUCCUGUUCCAUACUAGAGUACAUGUACUACAUUGUCCUGUUCCAUUCUAGAGUACAUGUACUACAUUGUCCUGUUCCAUACUAGAGUACAUGUACUACAUUGUCCUGUUCCAUACUAGAGUACAUGUACUACAUUGUCCUGUUCCAUUUUAGUCGCUAUUAACGAGUGCUUUAUUUAUGUUUUGUGCUCUGCUUUGAUGUUCAUGCUGCAGUUAUUUUGCCUUUGAUGUGUAGGCUGAUGAGAGUUUGUGUGAGUUUGAGUGUAAAAUUAAAAGGGAACUGCACUUUUUUUUUUA